AUGCACAGACCUCAGGGUGUGCCACCAGUGUUCUUGGUUGAAUCAGCCAUGUUUAACAAAGGCCAUCCAGCCUGGGAAGGGGAGCGUAAGGAAAUUGCAGUGGCCAAGGCUCAACUGGUCAAGGACGCUAUCAACCGAAGGGAACCCAACCCAACACAAUCAGUUAAGCAAUGGUGUGCUGGCACGUGGGCCCCUAGUAAAGUCAAAAACAAGCAAGACAAUAUUACCAAAGUCCCAUUCACAAAGGGCAUGUCCUCUCAGGAAAAAGCCCGGUUUCAGGUUGCCCAAAUGUUAAAUCUACGUAACAUUGCUUGUGGCCAUGCCAAGGAGGACAAAGAUGUCGUUGGUUACGUCCCGGAUGUGUUCUUCAGGUCACCCAACUUCAAGAAUGCCUUUUCCCUAUAUCAGGGAAGUUUUAUCUUGACUCACGGAAACCAGAAGGAAGUCAUUGCCAUAUGUUUGUUUACACGUUUCCAGGACAUGGAUUCUCAAACACAACAAGACCUUGAAUUUGUCACAAAAACCUUCCAAUCUAUAGAGAAAGUGCGUUAUCCAUUCAAGACGAAUGGAGCCCUAGUCAAAGGAAAGAUGUCCUUAUGUGAAUCCGCUCAAAACUCCAGAAGGUGA